UGGUGUGGAGCAUUCCUCAAAUAAUUUGGCAGAAACAUCUUUGUUUUGGUGACGGUCUUAGUUUGCCACAAAACCACCACUGACACGACCACUGCUUACAGCUGCUGCUGAGAAACCAGGGGAGGCUGAAGUAAUUCUGAACAAGCCAAUUAACCCACUAUUCCCCAGGAUGCCGUCAGUGUAAAUAAUAAUUUGUUCUAUACUGAGUUGCCUAGGUAAAUAAUGUUUUUUUUUUUUUAAAGGUCUGUACCUUGUAGUUAACUCUCCAUCCACAUAGAGGCGCUGUGUUUUUGGCUUGCCACCCGCUGAUACAGGCGGAAGUGAACUUACGAGUGGACUUUUCUUUCUUGUGAACAACGUUCCUUCUUUGUGGAAGAAGCUACCAGCUGAAUAGCUAACUAGCUACCAGUCAAUUUAAAAUGUCUAAACAACAGUUGUUUCGUGUGUUUUUAAAUGAGCGCUUAACUUCGGCUGCUGUGGAGAUUUUCGGUGCAGUUGAGAAAACGGUAGUGAAAUACCAGGAGGAGAAUGAUCGGCUACGGAGACUGCUGCGGAUCAAACCGGAGGUUAAACUAUGUAGAACAGACUCCCUGCAGCUCUCUGUCUCUGAAGAGGAGGUUCCCCCUGAGCAGCAGCACUGUGAGCAGGAGUGGAGCCCCAGUUUGAGGCAGGAGGACCCAGAUACCACACUGAUUAAAGAGGAACAGGAGGAAGUCAGGACCAGUCAGGAGGAAGAGCAGCUUCAAGGGUUCUUUGAUACCAAAGACUCCAUAUUCACUCCUUCCUGUGUGAAAAGUGAAUGUGAUCUGGAGGACCCAUGUCAAGAAGCCGUACUAGCUGAACACCCAACUCUCAGUCCACUGAAAACAUCUAAACUACAGUUGUUCUGUGUGUUUUUAAAUGAAUGUUUAACGGCAUCUGCUGCUGUUGAGAUUCUUGGUGCGAUUGAGGAAACAGUAGCAGAGUACCAGGAGGAGAAUGAUCUGCUACGGAGACUGCUGCGGAGGACACCAGAGAUAAAACUAUGUAGAAUAGACUCCCUGCAGCUCUCUGUCUCUGAAGAGGAGGUUUCCCCUGAGCAGCAGCACUGUGAGCAGGAGUGGAGCCCCAGUCUGGGGCAGGAGGACCCAGAGACCAUACAGAUUAAAGAGGAACAGGAGGAAGUCAGGACCAGUCAGGAGGAAGAGCAGCUUCAAGGGCUCUUUGAUACCAAAGACUCCAUAUUCACUCCUUCCUGUGUGAAAAGUGAAUGUGAUCAGGAGGACCCACUUCAGUCCUUGACUCUUCCCCAAACCCAGACUGUGGAGAACAGAGAGAGAGACUCUAAACCAGUGAAUCUCACACCUUUUGUCACUGUGACCCACAUUAAGGGUCUCAACAUUCCCUGUGACCCUCCAGAUAAUCAAAACAAUGCCUCCAGACACAGUUCAGCUGUAAGCAGCUACACAGUAGGACUUGACAGCUGCCCACCAUUUGAUCCCAGUCCACCAUUAGAUCCCAGUCCACCAUUAGAUCCCAGUCCACCAUUGGAUCCCAGUCCACCAUUGGAUCCCAGUCCACCAUUGGAUCCCAGUCCACCAUUGGAUCCCAGCCCACCAUUGAAACAUUGUUCCAAACCCAACACCACAUCUAGAAAAACUCACCACUGCCGUGACUGUGGUGCAACAUUUGCUCUGAAAGCUGACCUGCAGAGACACGUGACUCUCUUCAGUAAGAUACCCAGUGAAUGUAGUUCCUGCCAAAAACACUACAACUCCACCUGUAAACUGAAGGCCCAUGUCCGACUCUGUCACAGUGGGAAACCCUGUAUCUGCCCUGUUUGUGGAAAGACCUUCAAACUCAAAGGAGUUCUGUCCAAGCACAUGAGGAUUCACACAGGAGAGAAAUCCUUUAUCUGUGGUGACUGUGGGAAAAGCUUCAAUCGCACGGAUUUCCUAACCAGACAUAAACUGACUCACACAGGAGAGAAGCCAUUCACCUGUGGUGACUGUGGGAAAAGCUUCAAUCGGAAGGAGACCUUAACUACGCACAAACUGACUCACACUAGAGAGAAACCAUUUAGCUGUGGUGACUGUGGGAAAAGUUUCAAUCGGAAGGUGAGCCUAACUGAACAUAAAUUGACUCGCACAGGAGCGAAACCAUUUAGCUGUGGUGACUGUGGGAAAAGCUUCAUUCGGAAGGUGAGCCUAACUGAACAUAAACUGACUCACACAGGAGAGAAACCAUUUGUCUGUGGUGACUGUGGGAAAAGCUUCAAUCGGAUAGGGCACCUUUCUGAACAUAAACUGACUCACACAGGAGAGAAACCAUUUAGCUGUGGUGAAUGUGGGAAGAGCUUUAUUCAGAACAGGGCACUAAGUAGACAUUUACUGACUCACACAGGAGAGAAAUCAUUUAGCUGUGGUGACUGUGGGAAGAGCUUUAUUCAGAAGUGGGACCUAAGGAGACAUAAGCUGACUCACACAGGAGAGAAACCAUUCACCUGUGGUGACUGCGGGAAAAGCUUCAAUCGCAAGCAGACCUUAACUACGCACAAACUGACUCACACCAGAGAGACACCAUUUAGCUGUGGUGACUGUGGGAAAAGCUUCAUUCAGAAGGGGAUCCUAAUGAGGCAUAUACUGACUCACACAGGAGAGAAACCAUUUAGCUGUGGUGACUGCGGGAAGAGCUUUAUUCUGAAAGGGGACCUAAGAAGACACAUGCUGAUUCACACAGGAGAGAAACCAUUCACCUGUGGUGACUGUGGGAAAAGCUUCAAUCGCAAGCAGACCUUAACUACGCACAAACUAACUCACACCAGAGAGAAAUCAUGUAGCUGUGGGGACUGUGGGAAAAGCUUCAAUCGGAAACAUCAUGGCUGCUCAGUCUGUGAUAAAAUAUUAAUUCAGAAGACUAAUCUGCUAACACGUGAAAAACAACCACAAAGAAAGUGAAUGAGGACACAGAGAGGAGACUAAGAGUUGGUCCACAGUUGUAUCUCAAUACUCUCUAACUGGUCCUCCUGAUCCUGCUCAGUCCAAUGUCACAGUAAUUCUAUAAUGGGACUUUUGUCUGAACCUAACAGGUAAUGUUGCUACUCUUUGUGUAUGAAAUGGACAAUCUGCAGUUCAGACAACCACCAGUUUUUAGGUGAACAACUGAGGGAUGAUGUUGGAGAGGUGUGAACACUCAAUGUCGUAGACAGAUCUGUAGAUAUGUCCAGAUCUGAUGCAGGUUUCCCAAUAGGCCCGUUGGGGGAUUUAUUUGGCUCGCAAGUUUUUGGGUGUAAAUGGUUUUACAGUACCAGUCAGAAGUUUGUAUAUAUAUACAUACACAUUCAAGGGUUUUUCUUUAUUUUUACUAUUUUCUACAUUGUACAAUAAGUUGCCACCCAGGUGUAUCCGAUUUCAAGAAAUUGUAGAAAACAUCUCCCUUAUAUAAUCAAUGUGAGCAUUACUUAACCUGGGGAGUAGUGAUUGGAUAAUGGGGGAUGUUUUGUAACCAGUAGAGUAGUGAUUGGAUAAUGGGGAUGUUUUGUAACCAGGGGAGUAGUGAUUGGAUAAGGGGGAUGUUUUGUAACCAGUAGAGUAGUGAUUGGAUAAGGGGGGGGUUGUAACCAGGGGAGUAGUGAUUGGAUAAGGGGGAUGUUUUGUAACCAGGGGAGUAGUGAUUGGAUAAGGGGGAUGUUUUGUAACCAGGGGAGUAGUGAUUGGAUAAGGGGGAUGUUUUGUAACCAGGGGAGUAGUGAUUGGAUAAGGGGGAUGUUUUGUAACCAGGGGAGUAGUGAUUGGAUAAGGGGGUAUGUUUUGUAACUAGGGAGUAGUGAUUGGAUAAGGGGGAUGUUUUGUAACUAGGGAGUAGUGAUUGGAUAAGGGGGAUGUUUUGUAACUAGGGGAGUAGUGAUUGGAUAAGGGGGGGUUGUAACCAGGGGAGUAGUGAUUGGAUAAGGGGGAUGUUUUGUAACCAGGGGAGUAGUGAUUGGAUAAGGGGGAUGUUUUGUAACCAGGGGAGUAGUGAUUGGAUAAGGGGGAUGUUUUGUAACCAGGGGAGUAGUGAUUGGAUAGGGGGGUAUGUUUUGUAACUAGGGGAGUAGUGAUUGGAUAAGGGGAAUGUUUUGUAACUAAGGGAGUAGUGAUUGGAUAAGGGGGUAUUCCUGUAUUGUGUGAAUCAGAUGUAACUGGUUGAGGGAGCAGUUUACCAGCGAGGCUGGACUGUAUAUAAGUCAUUGUUGGCAAGUCAUUUUUCUUUGUCUGCAGACGGCCUGUUUUUAGGACCUCUUUCUCUCUGAGGCCUUUUUGUUAAAUAUUCUACUGCUGUAUGUUGUUGUUGUUGACUUGUUAUCCACACAUGCAGGGUCAUAUAAUUAGUACUUUUCUUUAGGAGGAACAGGAUUGUGUUUCCUGGAGGUGGAGAGUUGGGGAGACCAUAGGAUGUGUAGACUGAUUAUAAAGGGCUUUGCUUGAAUAAAUACUGGCUGUGCAUUUCCUCUGGAGGGGCCACCAACCCAAAUAGACCAGAGGGUAUCCUCUUUGUUACUGUGUUGGGUUCAUGCUUUGGGGUGUGUAUGAAAAUGUCUCAGCAUGACAAGGUGAGUAUACCUCUUUCGUCUCGUGGGAUACUAGGUCCCAUUACGGUAAGGAACUCCAGGUCAACAGGUGAGGGGUUUGUGACGCGCAUCCCUGGGUGUAAAACAAAGGUAUUUAUUCAUUAAUAAACAGUUGUAGAGUGAAGAAAUUAUACUCAC